CAAUUUCCUCCGCGAACUCAUCGCAUCCUGAGCGAGCAAACCCCCACACCCUCCCCCCCGGGACCACGUGACGGAGAAGUUGAGGAUAAUGACGUCGUCGUCGGCGGCGAGGAACCAGCACCUGGAUGAGCUCCGCGCUCUCAUGGCGUCGCACUCGCCGCCGAUCCACGCGCUCCUCAUCCCCUCCGAGGAUGCUCACCAGAGCGAGUACGUGUCGGAGCGGGACAAGCGGCGGCAAUUCAUCUCCGGGUUCACUGGGAGCGCUGGGUUGGCCCUUAUCACUACAAAGGAGGCGUUAUUAUGGACGGAUGGACGAUACUUCUUGCAGGCCACAAAUCAACUUAGCGAUCGGUGGAGACUCAUGCGCAUGGGAGAAGACCCACCAGUCGAAGUCUGGAUAGCUGAUAAUCUCUCGGAUGAAGCGGUUAUUGGAAUUGAUUCAUGGUGCAUCUCUGUGGAUUCUGCUCAGAGAUAUGAGCAAGCAUUUUUAAAGAAGAAUCAGACGUUGUUUCAGCUUUCCUCUGACCUCGUCGAUGAAGUUUGGAAAGAUCGUCCUCCGAAUGAUGCUACACCUGUAAUUGUGCACCCUGUAGAAUUUGCUGGGCGUAGUGUAGCACAAAAGAUGAAGGAGUUAAGAGAAAAGUUACAACAUGAAAAGGCUAGUGGCAUUAUAAUUACUGCCCUUGAUGAGGUUGCUUGGUUGUACAAUGUUCGGGGAAAUGAUGUGCAUUACAGCCCAGUGGUUCAUUCUUAUGCUAUUGUAACCCUGCAUGGUGCCUUCUUUUAUGUGGAUAAGAGAAAAGUAACAACUGAGGUUAAAAAUUACAUGUCUGAAAGUGGUAUUGAUAUCAGAGAGUAUGAUAUGGUUCAGCUGGAUGUGAGCUUGCUUGCAUCUGGACAGCUAAAAGGCUCUGCAGUUAAUGGUAGCUUGCACAUGGAAAAGGAUAUCAACGCGGCGGAACAUUCCAAAAUCUGGAUUGAUUCAAAUUCGUGUUGCCUUGCACUCUACUCAAAGCUUAGACCAGAUCAAGCUUUGAUGCUGCAAUCGCCCAUUGCUCUACCAAAGGCUGUCAAGAAUCCCAUGGAGCUGACUGGUUUGAGGAAGGCACACAUUCGAGAUGGCGCAGCUGUUGUGCAAUACCUGGCUUGGCUGGAUAAUCAGAUGCAAGAGAACUAUGGGGCCUCUGGUUACUUCAGUGAGGCCAAUGGGUCACAGAAAAAAGAGCAUUUGCACAUCCCUUGUAGUUCCAAGUUUCAACUAUCAGACGGAAUUUUCUAUUUGCAUCUUAUUUUUCAGGAAAUAAAACUUACUGAGGUUUCUGUCAGUGAUAAACUCGAAGCCUUCCGUGCAGAGAAAGAGCAUUUUAAAGGUUUAAGUUUUCCUACGAUAUCAUCUGUGGGGCCAAAUGCAGCAAUAAUUCACUAUUCUCCUGAGGCAAAUACAUGUGCGGAACUUGAUGCUGAUAAAAUAUAUCUCUGUGACUCUGGGGCACAGUACCUGGAUGGCACUACAGACAUUACAAGAACUGUACAUUUUGGUAAACCCUCAGAGCAUCAGAAAUUGUGCUACACUGCUGUCUUGAAAGGCCACAUUGCCCUAGAUGCUGCUGUGUUCCCUAAUGGGACCACAGCAUUGCUUGUAGGUCAUGCUCUUGACAUACUGGCAAGAACCCCACUGUGGAAAAGUGGUCUUGACUAUCGGCAUGGCACAGGCCAUGGAAUCGGAUCUUAUUUGAAUGUCCAUGAAGGCCCUCAUCUAAUUAGCUUCAGACCUUCUGCUCGCAAUGUACCACUGCAAGCAUCAAUGACUGUAACAGAUGAGCCUGGUUACUACGAAGAUGGAAACUUUGGUAUAAGGUUGGAGAAUGUUCUUAUAGUCAAAGAGGCUGAUACUAAAUUUAAUUUUGGGGAGAAGGGUUAUUUGUCAUUUGAACAUAUAACAUGGGCUCCAUACCAGACUAAACUUAUAAACACUGCCUUGUUGACCCCUGCGGAGAUCGAAUGGGUAAACUUGUACCACUCCGAGUGCCAGAAAAUCUUGGAGUCUUACCUAAAUGUUCAGGAGAAGGAAUGGCUGAGGAAGGCCACCGAACCUAUAACUGCGAGCAGUUAAGCCAGCCACUUCAUGGUUACUGCUGUUGUGCGCCAAACGUAGAUAGAUGGCUACCCGAAUAUUUAAUCAACUUUAAUAAGUGUGAAUAGCACCAAGUGAGCACCCGUAUUCUUUAUGUAUUUCGUGUCGCCUAGCUUGAGGCCGGAAAUAAGAAUACAGAGAUACUGAAUGAAUACUGAAUUGUUACUUUGCUUGAAGACGAGUUGACUGGUUCUUGUUA